UCCUCUCUCUCCCUUCUGGUGGACGGGCAAUCCCACUUUAGCUCAUAAGUCAACCCUUACGGCCGCCCGCCAUGUCUGUGAUUACUACUGCUUUCAGCAACCUGCUGGCAAAGACACCGCUGUCUGCGGCCUUUGCAUCGAACGUACAUCUCCCAGAGGCUGAGGACAAGUCUUUACUCGCUGAGCAGAAGGGCGGAAUGGAGGUAGAGAAAUGUGAUCUCCGGAUUGAGGGAAUGACGUGCGGUGCUUGUGUUGAGUCCAUCGAAGGCAUGCUGCGAGGCCGGGAUGGGAUACACUCCGUGAAAGUGGCUCUGCUAGCUGAGCGUGGUGUCGUUGAGUUCGACCCAUCAAUAUGGACAGUCGAGAAGGUCGUCGAGGAAAUAAACGACAUGGGUUUUGAUGCAACUCUUAUCCCUCCAAGUCGGACUGAUACUAUUACACUACGAAUAUUCGGGAUGACAUGCUCCGCUUGCACCAACACAAUAGAAACUGGUCUAUCGUCUGUGCCGGGUGUCUCGAAAGUAGCAGUAUCGCUAACAACAGAAACUGCACAAAUCGAAUUCGACCGGGUACUCAUCAGUCCGCGAGAGAUGGUCGAACGAAUAGAAGACAUGGGCUUUGACGCUGUUGUAUCGGAUCAUGAGGACGCAACCCAGCUCCGCUCUUUGACCCGUUCGAAAGAAAUUCAGGAAUGGCGAGCACGGUUUUGGACGUCGUUCGCAUUCGCGGUCCCCGUCUUCUUUAUCGGCAUGAUAUUCAAACACAUCUCAUUCCUUCGAUGGAUAGCAGACUACAAGAUUGCUACUGGCAUUUAUCUGGGCGACGUGUUAUCGCUUAUUCUGACGACACCUGUUCAGUUCUGGCUUGGGAAGAAAUUCUACAAGAACUCGUUCAAGGCGUUAAAGCACGGAUCCGCUACUAUGGAUGUCUUGGUGACUAUUGGCACGACGGCGGCUUAUUCUUAUUCUGUAUUUGCCAUGGUUUGCGCAGCGUUCAGCAGUGAUCCCGAUGACAGGCCUUCCGUCUUCUUUGACACAAGCACUAUGCUUAUCAUGUUUGUUUCUCUCGGACGGUACCUCGAGAACAAGGCCAAAGGAAAGACGAGUGCAGCUCUCACAGACCUCAUGGCCCUCAGUCCAAGCAUGGCCACAAUUUACACUGAUCCAGAGUGUACGCAAGAGAAACGAAUUGCGACAGAGCUAUUACAACCCGGCGAUAUUGUCAAACUCGUGCCUGGUGACAAAGUUCCUGCGGACGGAACUGUUAUCCGUGGUUCUUCGAGCAUUGAUGAGAGUGCCGUUACCGGAGAGCCAGUUCCGGUUGUGAAACAAGUUGGUGAUAACGUCAUCGGCGGGACCGUUAACGGACUUGGAACAUUCGAUAUGCAAGUCACUCGCGCGGGCAAGGAUACUGCUCUAGCGCAGAUAGUCAAGCUUGUCGAGGAUGCGCAGACGAGCAAGGCACCUAUUCAAGCGUUUGCAGACAGAGUUGCAGGAUUCUUCGUCCCCACUGUCGUUUCACUUGCGCUAAUCACGUUUGUCGGAUGGAUGAUCAUCUCACACGUCGUACCGGACAUGAACCUCCCUGUGAUAUUCCAUAUGCACGGAACGAGUAAACUUGCUGUCUGUCUGAAGUUGUGCAUUUCUGUUGUAGUUGUUGCCUGCCCCUGUGCGUUGGGUCUGAGCACGCCGACUGCCAUCAUGGUCGGCACUGGUGUCGGUGCCCAGAACGGAAUUCUGAUCAAGGGUGGUCGAGCUUUGGAGGCGAGCAGGAGUAUUCGUCGGAUUGUUCUCGACAAGACCGGUACGGUGACGGAAGGCAAGCUCCAAGUUGUCGCGUUGGCAUGGGUUCCCUCAGGGUUUGAGUCUGAUGCACAUGCGGAUGCAACCAAACCUGGCAAAUUUGAUGAGCAACCGCUUUCGACGCUUUGCGCGGAUGGAGUAACUUCUCGUGCUGCAGUGCUCUCGAUGGUCGCCGCAGCCGAAGCGCGAUCCGAACAUCCACUUGCGAAGGCAGCAGCUACGUACGGAAAGGACCUCGUUGCAAAAUCAUUAUCAAAUGUCCCAGAGGUGAACAUUGUCACGUUCGAAAGUGUCACUGGUGCAGGUGUAAGAUCGACUAUAACGCUUGCAGGAUCCAGCAUGUACUACACUGUGCUUGUUGGAACAGCCAAGUUCGUCUCGCAGUCCGAGUACGACGAGACACAUCUUCCGGCGGAGCUCGCAUCUUUCGCUGAACGAGAAGAGGAGCAAGGACGCACGGUUAUUUUCGUUAGCCUUGCAAGCUCAGCUUCCGCAGCUCAGAAAUCAUCCGCGCAUGCUCGACCUAUCCUUGCCAUGUCGUUAUCUGAUGUACCUAAGGCGUCUUCUGCACGUGCAAUUAAGGCGCUUCAUGAUAUGGGUAUUGAAGUAAACAUGAUGACUGGUGAUGGGCGUACGACCGCUAUUGCGAUUGCCAAGGAAGUAGGUAUUAACCCAGAGGGUGUUUGGGCGAGAAUGAGUCCGAAGGGUAAAGCGAAGGUUGUUGGUGAGCUGAUGGAGAGGGACAAGGGAGGGGUAGCAAUGGUUGGCGAUGGCAUAAACGACUCCCCAGCUCUUGUCGCUGCCGACGUUGGCAUUGCACUCUCUUCAGGAACUUCUGUCGCUGUCGAAGCAGCCGACAUCGUCCUCAUGCGCUCCGACCUUCUCGACGUUGUCGCAGCUCUCCAUCUCUCCCGCUCAAUUUACAGCGUUAUCCGACGAAAUCUCGUCUGGGCAUGCAUCUACAACGUCUUCGGUAUCCCACUCGCCAUGGGUAUCUUCCUCCCAUUCGGAUUGCAUCUUCACCCUAUGAUGGCAGGUGCGAUGAUGGCGUUCUCGAGUGUGAGUGUCGUCAGCAGUAGUCUAACGUUGAGGUGGUGGAGGAGACCUGAGAGUAGCGUCAUGCCCGGAGAGGAGAGACCUGGCGAGACGAUGAUACAGAGCGCGAAUCGGUUUAUUGCAGACGUUUGGAGUGAAAUACGUGCACGUGUGCGAGGGGGGAAGGAUACGAAGGGAUAUAGUCAGUUGCCUAUGGAGAUGACCCAGGCAGUAUGAGUAUUUAGGUUUGGGUUUGGUGUCGCUUUUGCUCUCCAAGCUUUUUUGUAUUAUUGUUUUUGAAGUUGCUGCUGUUGUGGCUUUCGUCGCUCUCUCUUAUUUUUUUUCGAUUUUUUUUUGUUUACUUUGUUUACUUACUUGGGAAGUUGGUAAAGAUCUGUAUUAGAUGCAUAAUAAUUUAAUUUCAACUUGCGAAGAAC